CUGCCCAUACCACCGGCACUGUUCACCACCAUGGCCCGCAAAGCUGGAUCCGUGUGCAAACAGGUGUCUAACCCCGAGUCUCCCAUCCGCCCCCAGGUACUUCUUCGCCGCUCGAACCGCAAUCUCGCCCAAAGCCAAAAGAUGACAGACGAGGAGGAUGAGUCCCGCGAGAUUCAGGGAAAGAUACUGGGCAUCAGGAAGGGGGCCGACUCGGGGAAUGCCACAGAGGCCACAGCUGAGGAUGUUCAGUCUUCGGGCAAAGAAGGGCUCAGGUUUGCCAUUGAAGGUCUGGCUCGGAUGGAGCGCCGGCUGCAGCGGGCUACAAAGCGGCAGAAAUUGAAGGUGGAAGAAACACAUCUCACUGAGACGCUCGACGAGGACGAGUACAAGCCGCCGGACGAGGUCAUCACUGCUGGCUGGAAGCAGCGAGAUCAGAACCCUGGUGUGUCGAAGCAGCCAGACCGUCAGGACCGGGCUCAAAGAGGUAUGUUUGGCGGCGAGGGCCUUGAUCUGAAAGACGAAGCACCAGUGGCUACUGAAGAGGCACUCGACACGGUCAAACGAGGAGCCGCACGACCUCCUCCCGUCAACAGUCACUAUCUUCCGCUGCCUUGGAGAGGCCGGCUCGGCUAUGCAUGUCUCAACACCUACCUGCGAACCGCCAAGCCGCCAGUCUUCAGUUCCCGCACAUGUCGCAUGGCGUCCAUCAUCGACCACCGGUAUCCGCUCGCCGACCCGGACCAACCCGAGCAUGCAACCAAGAACAGGCCGGACAAGUCCAAGGCGGUCGAUCAUGAACUGGGGGUCCGCUUUGUGCAGAAUCUUGGGCUUCAGAAUGCAGCCGAUAUCGUCAAAAUGAUACGGUGGAACGACAAGUACGGCAUCAAGUUUAUGCGCCUCAGCUCCGAGAUGUUUCCCUUUGCCAGUCAUGCUGAACACGGGUACAAACUGGCACCCUUUGCAUCAGACAUUCUGGCCGAGGUAGGGAGAGUGGCUGCCGAGCUCGGCCACCGUCUCACGACACAUCCCGGCCAGUUUACCCAGCUCGGAUCUCCCCGCAAGGAAGUCAUCGAGGCUUCCGUUCGAGACCUUGCGUAUCACGAUGAGAUGCUAUCCCUCCUGCGGCUACCGGGGCAGCAAGAUCGCGAUGCCGUCAUGAUCCUUCACAUGGGUGGGGUUUAUGGAGACAAGGCCGCGACUCUGGAUCGAUUCCGUGUUAACUAUGCCGAGCUCUCCCCAUCGAUCAAGAAUCGGUUAGUUCUUGAGAAUGACGACGUUUCUUGGAGUGUUCAUGACCUGCUGCCUGUCUGCGAAGAACUCAACAUUCCACUCGUACUCGAUUACCACCACCACAACAUCAUCUUCGACCCUUCAAAGUGCCGAGAGGGGACGCUGGACAUCUCGCAGCCAGAAAUCAUGGAACGGAUCACAGCAACCUGGCGGCGCAAGGGAAUCACGCAAAAGAUGCACUACAGCGAGCCAUGUCCGGGCGCCGUUACACCACGGGACAGGCGCAAGCACAGCCCACGAGUCAUGACGCUGCCGCCCUGUCCGCCGGAUAUGGACCUCAUGAUCGAAGCCAAGGAUAAGGAGCAGGCCGUCUUUGAACUGAUGCGUACCUUCAAGCUCCCAGGGUUUGAAAAGGUCAAUGACAUGGUUCCUCAUGAGAGGUUUGACGAGCCAAGACCUGUCCCACGAGUCGCGUCGGCAACAAAGAGUAAGAAGUCCAAAACAGGAGCCAACGUCAGGCGGAAGCGAGCGGUCGAUGAAGAGGAGCCAGCCGAAGCAGACGACACGGCCGUCGCCGAAUCAGAUGCCAUCAAGACAGAGGCGGCUCAGGUCUCUGAAGUUACGGUCACGGUGCUGGAGUUUGGGAUGGGUGGUCCCGAUAAUCGGGUUUACUGGCCACCAGGCAUGGAGGAGUGGUUGAAGCCGAGGAAGAGACAAUCCAACAAAAGCACCAAAUCAGGCAAACGGGAUUUGGAGGAAGAUGACGAAGACACAGGAGAAAAUAUGGAAGAAGCCGAAGGGAUCUAG